AACUCUACAUGAGUGGUAAAAGUCCCACCCUUUCCGUUUGGGUAAGCUAAAGGACUUCCGCUGUUUCCUCAAACAUGGCGACUUCUAGGCUAGAAAUUAAUUUUAUCAGACUAUUAUCGCGCUGCGAAUCUAUCGCUUCGGAGAAACGGGGGGAAACAGAAUGGAGACUAGAAAAGUAUGUUGGUGCACUUGAAGAGAUGUUGGUGGCUUUGAAGAAGAGCUCAAGUAAACCCACCCCAGAGGUUUUGACAGACUACAGCCGGAAAGUGGAUUUUCUUAAAGGACUUCUAGAAGCUGAGAAACUAACGUCCACAACGGAGAAAGCCCUAGCCAAUCAGUUCCUGACCCCUGGUCGAACGCCCACCAUAGCCAAUGAGAGGAUGCCAGCCAGCAAGACGGUGCACAUGCAGACCAAGGCGCGCUGCACCGGGGAGAUGAGGAACGAGCUUAUGGGCAAUGGGUCAUCAAGCACAGACGGUAAAGAAACAGACUUACGACAGAGAAGGGGUCUGCCGGUGGAUGAGAAGCAGUCCGCUGCAGAGCUGGACGCUGUGCUCCAGCACCACCACAACCUGCAGGAGAAGCUGGCGGAGGACAUGCUGAACCUGGCCCGCAACCUGAAGAACAACACGCUGGCAGCCCAGAGCAUCAUCAAGCAGGACAACCAGACCCUGAAGCAGUCGAUGCGGAACGCGGACCAGAACUUCGAGAAGCUGAAGACCGAGUCGGAACGCCUGGAGCAGCACACCAAGAAGUCCGUCAACUGGUUCCUCUGGCUGAUGCUCAUCCUGGUCUGCUUCACCUUCAUAAGCAUGAUCCUCUUCAUCAGACUCUUCCCCAAACUCAGAUGAUGGUCCUCGCCCCGACCCCCCCCACCACCCCUCACCCUCCCCGUAGCGCAGAUCACCGCUGCGUAGACCUCUUCUGACGUAGGGAGCCAGGCGAACCAGGGAACGGCAGGUGCCACAUGAACUCAACGCCACCAAACGGGGAUAACGGAUAGCCUUAAACGGUCGUCCGUUGUCGUCCGUUAGCGGUGACUUGGCUCCGUCUGCAGUCAGGAUUAAGCUGUGAUUGACUGCAGACGGGGCGACUCAUCUCAUUGUUCGUCCGUUUCGGCGGAAGGAGACCGUUGGGUUACCGCCCCACAUGCCUGUCGUGCCUGAAAAUGGUUCUACCCUCUCCUGGAGCACCCGUAGGACAGGUUGAGCAUCAGCUUAAAUAUAGCCUACCUCCUCUAGUAUGUGUUUCAUUGUGAUGUCCCUCUUUGAUUUCUGCCACUAUUCAUAGGGAACGGAAUGCCUGUGCGAUCUUAUUCUUGCUAUGACUGAGCUUAUUGAUUAAACGUUAACACGAACGACGCCACGUUGGACUAGCGUUUCUGCCACUGCAUGUGCAAUUGUGUUUAUGACACUCGACCAUCCUGCAGUCUGAUAUGGCGAUUUAUGAGAGGAAAAUGGACAUGAAUAUCACCUGAUUUUUAUUUAUCUCGUUUCCUGUAGUGCUUUGUUUUUUUUGGGGUUUUUUUUGGGGGGGGGGGGGGAUAUUUUGCAGUAGGGAAACUUGAGCCGUCGGCACAUCAGCGGUUGAUGGGGUGCAGUGGGUGGAGAGCCAGCGUGCCCGGGUGUAGCUGGCAGGCCACACCCCGCCCCCCCCCAGCACCCCAGAUAAUACAGCGACUCCCUGACCUACAAAAGGAAAGCAGUCUUGCCUCCUCCGUCAGGGGGACGCUGGGUUAUCGGAGCAGGGGGGGGCUUAACGCAGGACCGCGGCGGAUCACAGCGGACGCUGAAGAUGUAAUGGAGGGGCGGACGUUUCCGAUAGCCAGGCCGUCCUGAGAACGCCCCGCGGGGGCCCGGCGAAGGGGUUAUUCUGGGAUCACGCUCACUUGUCCGGGCUUGCUGCUCGGGCUCCUGGCUGGAGCUGCCUAUGCCCUGCAGGAGAGAGGGAAAGAGGGAGGGAGGGAGAGAGGGAGGGGGGCUGUGUUCCAGGGGCUGCCCGAGAUAUUUUUGAAGUACCCGCAUCUCUCAAAAUGGCGUCUGACACCACAACUGCCUUCCACCAUAGAAGCUCGCCCAUAGAGCAUCCACCAUAAAACCUCUUGCUAGAGUGUCCACCAUAGAACCUCCAGGCCCAAUCUACUGUGACGGUGGUUUGCUCGGUUUAAAUACACUACAUGUACUCAGGGGAAGUUUGGUUAUCAGGACAACAACCAGUUCCAUGUAGCAGUCAUUCCUCUACAAACAAUAUACCUGAGGUUUAGGACACUGUCUGCAAAUGAAAGAAUAAUUGUCUCCCAGCAUGCUUUGUUUAAUAGUAUUUACUUCAGGUCCCGCCCCCCCCCGCCCCCCCAACCCAUGAUUGGCUUUGACAGUAGGAAAUGUUCAUUGAUGUGAAGGUGAGUUGAUAAAUCUAUUUAAAUUUGGCUGUUUCCCUGCAUUCCUGGUGUUUAUUCUCCAUGUUUGCCCAAUUCUGCCGAAUCCACAGUUGUGUUCUGCAUUUACUGGGGACUGGGGGCAGUCCGUAAAGCGGUGAGAACUCGACGUUCUGUCAAAAUCUAAUUGUGUUCUGAAACUACCUUAUUUUAAUAAAUAACUUGAAAUCCC